AUGGCCGAUGAUGAAACCCCUAGCCAAACCCAAGAGUCCUCUACGGCAAGAGAGUUUUCUGCCAAUGGGACUUCCAUGAGUACCACUGAUGUCGAAGCCAAACUCGACAAAGGCAAUAUUGAAGAAGCUGAAUCUUCUUUACGCGAACGCUUGCCCCUUAAUUCCGAGUCUGCAAGCUGCAAUCCAAAAACUGCAACCUUCCGUAAUGAGCAUCUUAAUCCUAAUUCUUCUUCUGUUUCUUCUUCUAAUUAUUCUUCUUCUCAUGAAAAUAAUUGUGCUAAUCUUGAUUCCCAAUCCCAACAAGCUGCCAGACUCGUUCUUGAAGGCGUUUACUUAAAGGUCAAGUCCCUUCAAAAGCUCGGAAAAUUUGCUGAGGCUGCUCAGGAUUGUACAAAUAUUCUUGAUGCUGUGGGGAGGAUAUUUCCUCAAGGAAUACCUGAUGCCCAAGUUGAGAGUAAAUUGCAGGAGAUGAUUAGUAAAGCGGUUGAGUUACUUCCGGAGCUUUUGAAGCAAGCUGGUAAGUAUCAAGAAGCAAUGGCUGCUUAUAGACGUGUACUGCUCAAUCCAUGGAACUUAGACAAUGAUUGUUGUGGGCGAAUUCAGAAAGCAUUUGCAGUUUUUCUCUUGCAUAGUGGGUUGGAGGCUGGCCCUCCUAGCUUAGGUGCUCAAGCUGAUGGUGCUUAUGUACCCAAAAAUAAUUUGGAAGAGGCUAUUCCGCUUUUGUUGGUUCUUAUGCGAAAAAUUCACCAUGGCGAUAUCCAGUGGGAUCCAUCUGUUUUGGAUCACUUAAUGUAUGCGCUUUCUUUAUGCAGCCAGACUCCCGUUUUAUCGAACCAACUUGAAGAGCUCAAGCCUGGAGUAUUUCAUCGUACUGAACGUUGGAAUCUCUUAGCUCUUUGUUGCAGUGGUGUGGGACAGAACAAAGCUGCCAUGAAUCUAUUAAGAAAGUCUCUGCAUAUAAACGAAAGACCUAAUGAUCUCACAGCAUUAUUGUUGGCUGCCAAGAUCUGUAGUGAGGAUUCUCAGCUUGCAGCUGAGGGAGUAGGAUAUGCACAGAGGGCAGUCGAUAAUGCAAAAAGGGUGGAUGAACAUCUGAAUGUUGGCCUUCGUAUGUUAGGUCUUUGUUUGGGAAAGCAAGCUAAAGUUUCUUCCUCUGACUUUGAAAGGUCCCGUCUUCAGAAUGAAGCACUUAAAUCUUUAGAUUCAGCACUUUCCUUUGAGCAGGAUAAUCCUGAUAUAAUCUUUGAGUUGGGAGCUCAUUAUGCAGAGCAGCGGAAUUUGAAUGCUGCUUUGCGUUUUGCAAAGAAGUACAUUGAUAUAACUGGUGGUUCUGUAAUGAAGGGUUGGAGAUUGCUUGCUCUAAUUUUGUCGGCUCAACAGCGAUUCGCAGAGGCUGAGGUGGUCACUGAUGCUGCAUUGGAUGAGACUGGCAAAUGGGAGCAAGGACCACUGCUCAGGCUGAAAGCAAAAUUGAAGGUCUCCCAGUCACGACCCAUGGAAGCUAUUGAAACUUACUGUUACCUCCUUGCUUUGGUUCAGGCCCAAAGAAAAUCAUCUGGUCCUAUGAAAAUUGAUUCUCAGGUUGAGGAUGAUAAGGUAAAAGAAUUUGAAGUUUGGUAUGGCCUUGCAGCUCUGUACUCUAGUCUUUCACACUGGAAGGAUGUAGAAGUAUGUGUGAAAAAAGCCAGGGAGAUGAAACAGUAUUCGGCGGAACUGGUGCAUACAGAAGGCUUUAUGCAUCAAGAACGUGGAGAAAUUCAAGAAGCACUGGCUUCAUAUAUCAAUGCUAGUUUGCUAGACCCUUUUUAUGUUCCAUCCAAGGUGCGGAUUGGUGCACUGUUGUCCAAGUUGGGAUCUAACUCAUUGCCUGUGGCGAGAACCUUACUCUCAGAUGCUUUGAGGAUUGAACCUACCAAUCGUAAGGCUUGGUAUCACUUAGGUAUGGUACAUAAGGAUGAUGGUCGCCUUGCAGAUGCCAUAGAUUUUCUCCAGGCAGCAUCAAUGCUCGAAGAAUCAGACCCUGUUGAAAACUUCAGAUCUAUCCUUUGAUCGGCCUCCAUAUUUCAGCCUCGGGGAUGGUCCAGCACACAGACCAUGAUACAUACAGGGGUCUCUUUUGUACUCUUUCCUGUUUCUUUACUUAAUGUUCUUGGUGCGAAAAAAGAAGAAAUCAAAUCAAAAGGAAAUGGAAUUUGAAAGGAAAUUACAAUCAAACAGAAGGAAAGAAAAUACCAGAUCUUGGGGGUUCAAAUUAUAGGAAAUGUGGUAAUGGGGGCUCUCAAAUGGUCUUUCUAAUGGUAUUUUGCUUAGCAUGCUUAAUGAUUAUAUUAUAUGUAUAUUUAUAAAAAAUAUUUGUUUUCUUUAUUCAUUCUAGAGGUUCAAGGAUAAAGAGGGGGAAGAACUAACUUUUUUUUUUUUAAAAAUUUAUGACUGGGUGAUGGUGUCUUACUUGACGGUGGAAAUGUAUAUCUUCUUGAAAUAAAUAAUAUAUAUUUUCGAUGAGAAUAA